AUGCCCAGAAGAAACCACCAUCCAGAUGGCAACUUUUUCAGAGGGAAAGGACACAGCUAUCUUGCAGCAGAAGAAGCUCUGGGUAUUGGACUCUUCAUUUUGGUGCUGGCAAUUUUACUGAUCUUUGGCUGCUGGUAUUACAAAAGACGUAGUGGCUAUAAAAGUCUGCGGAGCAAAAGCUCUAGUGUGGGCACAAUACGAACCGUGGUAUGUGAGGGGACAAUACUGGACUGCAAAAUGGCUCUGCAGGAGCACAGAAACUUUAAUUCUGUGGUACCUGAUGCUCCACCAGCUUAUGACAAAAUUGCUGCAGAUCAGUCACCACCACCUUAUUCACCAUGA